GGCUCAAUCCUUGCAAAGGUCUCGCUGGCUGUGACGCUCGGCAGAUUCAUGUGCAGGGCAGUAGAUCUCGCUUUGUAACCAACUCCAGGAGGUGCGAUCGGGAAAAGUCUGCAGAGAAGCCAAAACAACAACAAAAAAAGGGGUGAUUCGAAUCAGCUUUUGGAAGCGAGCGGCGCACGGUGGGGACAACUUGCCCACAGUUAAGGAGGACAAAGAAAAUCAUCGGAGAUGUUUUGAAUUGAAAUCCAAUGGGUCUUCAAGCCGGUGGAUACUAUCGUCUGGAUCUGCCUUGAGCGAGAGGGAGUCGAGAUAGUUUCAAGUCAAGGUUCCCCUCCCGUCCCGCCGGCUCCAGGGAGACAGACCACUGGAUCUACACCCCCUCUCAGGUGGCGAUGGCUGAAACUGAAGGUAAAGACUCUGGGAGACUGCGCCACAGUGGGCUGGAGAACGUGAAUGAAGAUGGCUUCCCCCUGUCCUCUCUGGCGAACCUGUUUGAGAAUGACGAGGCCAGUGCUGCUGGGGAAGCACCGCGGCCCGCCGGCCGGGACAACGGCGAGAACAACAAACCGAACCUGAGGUCCAAGUUCCAAGGCGCGUUCAAGAACAGGAUGCCCAACCCCAUUGACCUGCUGGAGUCUUCCAUCUACGACUCCUCCAUGCCCAGCAUGGCUCCCGCCCCUAAAAAGGCCCCCAUGGAUUCACUUUUUGACUAUGGAUCUUACCGGCAUGGCAGCGAUGACAAGAGGAAGAAGAAGAAGCCAGCUAAAGAUAAGAACAGCCCGAAGGUGAAGGCCCCCGCUCCAGAGCCGCCGCCAGUGCUGAAGGUGUUUAACCGGGCGCUUCUGUUCGACAUCGUGUCUCAGGGGUCAGUGGCCGGGCUCGACGGGCUGCUCGUCUUCCUCCUGAGUCAGAAGAAGCGUCUGGUAGACGAGGAAUUUCGAGAACCAUCAACAGGGAAGACUUGCUUACCCAAGGCGCUGUUGAACCUAACCCACGGGAGGAACAACACCAUACCGUUGUUGCUGGAAAUAGCAGAAAAGACAGGGAACCUCCCCGAGUUCAUCAAUGUACCGUUCCGGGAUGUGUACUACAGAGGCCAGACCGCACUGCACAUUGCCAUCGAGCGGCGUUGCAAGCAUUACGUGGAGCUGCUGGUUGAAAAGGGAGGGGAUGUCCAUGCGCAGGCUCGUGGGAAGUUCUUCCAGCCCAAGGAUGAGGGCGGAUAUUUCUACUUUGGCGAAUUACCUCUGUCUCUGGCUGCUUGCACCAACCAGCCCGACAUCGUCAACUACCUCACUGAAAACCCAGACAAGGUGGCGGAUUUGCGGAGGCAGGACUCCCGCGGAAAUACUGUGCUCCACGCGCUGGUCGCCAUUGCCGACAACACCAGGGAGAACACCAAGUUCCUGACGAAAAUGUACGACCUGUUCCUCAUCAAAUGUGCCAAGACCUACCCGGAGAACAACUUGGAGGCGAUUUUAAACAACGAUGGCUUAUCGCCCCUCAAGAUGGCCGCAAAGCUCGGAAAGAUUGGGGUUUUCCAGCACAUCAUCCGGAGGGAGAUAACGGAUGAGAGUGCUCGGCACCUCUCCCGCAAAUUCCGAGACUGGGUGUACGGGCCAGUGUACUCUUCGCUAUACGAUCUCUCAGCGAUAGACACGUGCGGAGAAGAGGUCUCGCUCCUGGAGAUCCUGGUCUACAACGGGAAGAUGGAGAAUCGUUACGAAAUGUUGGCAGUGGAACCAAUCAACGAACUAUUCCGUGAUAAAUGGAAGAAGUUUGCAGCUGUGUCCUUCUACCUCAGUGUUAUAUCCUACAUCACAGCCAUGAUCAUAUUCACCCUCAUUGCAUACUACAGACCAUCAGAAGGCCAACCUCCUUAUCCGUACGAGACCUCCGUAGACUACCUGCGAAUGGCGGGCGAGCUCAUCACUGUCAUCACGGCCAUCUUCUUUUUCUUCACGAACGUCAAGGAUCUAUUCCUGAAGAAAUGCCCAGGAAUGAAUUCCAUGUUCAUCGAUGGAUCAUUCCAGUUACUUUAUUUUAUUUAUUCCAUCCUGGUGUUGGUGUCGGCAGGACUGUACGUGGCUGGUGAGGAGUCCUAUCUUGCUGUAAUGGUGUUUGCUCUGGUCUUAGGCUGGAUAAACACACUCUACUUCACCAGGGGUCUGAAGCUUACCGGGACCUACAGCAUUAUGAUACAGAAGAUUCUGGUCAAAGAUCUUUUCCGGUUUCUUCUCGUCUAUGUGCUGUUCAUGAUUGGUUUCACAUCAGCCCUGGUCUCCCUGUUGGUGACUUGUCCCAGCGACGACAUCACCCUUCCGACUUGUGACAUAACGUCAGAUUCACCGAACUGCACGAGUUCGACCUACCCCAUCUGUCGGGACAAACUAUCGUUCAGCAAGUUCCUGCUGGAGCUGUUCCGACUCACCAUUGGCAUGGGCGAUCUGGACGUCAUCAACAGUGCCAAGUUUCCCAUUGUCUUUGUCAUCCUCCUCGUCUCCUACAUCAUCCUGACAUUCGUACUGCUGCUCAACAUGUUGAUUGCCUUGAUGGGCGAGACUGUGGGUCAGGUCUCCAAGAAGAGCAAGCAAAUCUGGAGGCUUCAGUGGGCCACAACAAUCCUGGACAUUGAGAGAUCAUUCCCUGUGUUCCUGAGGAAAGCAUUCCGUUCGGGAGAGAUGGUCACUGUCGGGAUCAAUUCUGAUGGCACUCCGGACCGCAGAUGGUGCUUCAGGGUGGAUGAGGUUAACUGGUCUCACUGGAACCAAAAUGUUGGCAUUAUCAACGAAGAUCCGGGCAGGAAUGACACCUACCAGUUCGAAAGCGGCAUUCCGCAAACCAUGGGCCGUCUACGCCGAGACCGCUGGUCAACUGUGGUCCCGCGAGUUGUAGAGCUGAAUAAAAGUUCCCGACCUGACGAUUAUGUGGUGGGGAUGGAGCAUCUCUCGAUGGAGAGGAAGUAUGGAUAUAGCAGUUUACACCAGAACAAACGGGGGCCAAAGGGCGACACACACAUUUAAAACGACAGCCGGAGCCUGUCUGUACUCUAUGUUCUGACGGAUGCUGGAAGUGAACUCAUUCACAAAGCCAGAAUCAAACUCAAACUUAGUAGGAAGGGGCCCUCGCGUUUACUAUUGAUUGCCACAAAAUGCACGCUGUCCUUUUUUUGUGAUCUGUACACAUUUUGUGACUGUCCAGAGUAUCUUGGAAGUAUUCACUGUCCACUCCAGGCUGUUGUGCAGCCAUUUCCCAUUCUGCUGAAACCUCACUGGACCAGAGUCUCGAUGAAAUAUGAAUGCUUCCACCUCUCUGGGUUCUCGAUAGGGUGUAAUUGGGCCACAGGUAUUGUAAUAAUAACACCAGAAACGAAAGUAAGACCCUCAUGUAGGUUUCAAUAAGUUGAUGACUGAUUAGUCUGAAGAAGGGUCUCGACCCUAAGCGUCACCCAUUUCCUUCGCUGCAUAGAUGCUGCCUCACCCGCUGAGUUUCUCCAGCAUUUUUGUCUAGCGCUGAUUAGUGGCACUUCUCUGCACCAUUUCUCUUGAAUCCCUCUCUAUCUAAAACACGCCUUUCAAAAUAUUCCCAAAGUGGCUGCACUUUGGAUGAAGAACCUUCUCCUUGUCUUUGUCUUAUGAGUUGGAAAUCGUAUAAGGCCCCCUAGUUUCAUCACUUGAGCU